AAGACCAUUCGUUAUUAUUAUGCCAAAAUUAUUAUUUUUAUGAAUAUUUCCAUAUUACUAACGCGCAUGCGCGAGCGGCAAUCGCAGCCUGAAUUCGCGUUGUGAGCUUGGCUACUCUAUUCUAAUUACUAAUUUCCACGCAUUUCUGCAUUUCUACGCUAUUUCGCGAUAAAAUUGCCAUUCGAAAAUGAUGUCCACAUCCCUUUCCCAUGAUUUCCCUUAAACCGUCACAUUUCCUUAACAUAACCUACCAACAGAGUAAUUUUUGAGCAAUUUUGCCCAAGUACUGUAGUAACAACAAUAACAACAAUAACAACAAUGUUACUCAUUAUAAGACCCAUAACCUCUACACUCUACUACUCUACUACAAUUCUACAAUAAUUCCACUUCUUCUUGGACCCAUAAUUAUAUCUAAUUACAGAUAUAAAGAUACAUAUCUCUAACAAAAGAUAUGUCUUUAAUUUCCCAAAUAGUGUCCCAUUUUUUAAUUAAGAAUUGAUUAAUAAAAAUGUUGCACUCAAUGGGAGAACCAUCUCCGCAAGAUAUAUUGUCAGAAGUGAGGAAGUUCAUUUCUGGAGCGGUCAGACCAACCCAUGGCACGAGCACCCUUGACGUGACUCGUACCGCCUUGUCUCUCCUGAGGAGUGUACCUGCAGCUAGAGAUGCUGUACUCGAAUACUUCUGUAACGUGUUCUUCGUUGCUGUCACCAAACAUGUUCGCCAAAUCGAAACAAAUCAAAAUAUGGCAAUCAGCGAAGAGACCAUCAUAGCAGAGAUUCACGCUGUUUUGAGCAGUUUCAUUAAUGGAAAUCCAGAGGCAUGGGCACCGAUCAUUUCUGCAUGGUCACUGGAAUUACUGGGUAAAUUGUCCUCCGACUAUGCAAAGCGUGGUAACUUGCCUGGCAAUGCCGGAAUCAACGAUUUUCUCCAACAAUGGAUGUCGUGUCGAGCCACUCGGACGUUGAUCGACAUCACCGCUCAAUGUCUUCAGUGUCUCAUGCAUUCCGACACGGAAUCUUGUAUCAAGGCGUUGCUGGACACCAGCGUGUUACACAGUCCUCACUUUGACUGGGUGGUUGCCCACGUUGGAAGCUGUUUCCCAAAUACGGUCAUCACCAGAGUGUUGUCUUGCGGUCUAAAAGACUUCUGCAGCAUGGGUUACGAACACAACGUCAAGAAUCCUAAAUUGAAUUCAGUUGUUGGAAUCCUGGGACACCUAGCCAGCAGUCACUUUCAGGACAUCAGUACUGCCUUAUUAGACUUAUUCAAAUGGAGUUUGAAUGAAGACAUGACGGUCGACGAAGACACAAAGAAACAGAAAUUAGCUACGGUUCCAUUUCUUCUAAAUCUAGCAUCCCUCUCUCAGACUCUUCUAAAAGCAAUAACCAGCGAUGUGUUGCAAACCUUGAAACCAGAUAUAAUUCCACAAUUGGCCCUGUUUGCGGCAGACUGGUGCAAGUACUUCGACAACCAGCCAGAAGCUCUGAUAGACUUGACUGUGCAUCUGAUCUUAGGCUGCGAGCAAGGUGCAUCGCAGAUAAUAAAUAUCUUAUUGGACACUGCUUUAAACACCAGCAACGUUGGCUACCACAGUGUCAACGCAGCCCAAAGUGUAAAGAGUGUGUGCAGCGAAAUACUGGAGCUAGUGUUGGAAGAAAUCGAUCUUCUUCUAAGAACACAUGGGCCACAAUCUGCGAAUAUCGCUUUACUGACCUCCAUCAAACAAGAACUGCCUGUCGUGUUGCCUCUGCUUCUCAACCAGAAUCCUCUACGCGUCCAAACUGCUGUCAGAUUGCUGUGCUUCCUCGGUAGCCAAAGCGCCAACCUAUUGAUAUCCGCAGCCUCAUAUAUGUUGAUCAAAGCAGCAACCACUUUCCAUCUUGCUGCUCUGAUAAGACUCGUUUCGAACAAUGUCGUAGUCUUCCCUGCGAAUAAGGUCGAAGCAGAGAAUAUGUUAGCGAGUCAUGGCUACUUUGCUCAAGUAGUGGAACAAGCACUCAGGGAGAUAAAUUAUAAGAACGUUAUGGAGAAGCAAGAGAGAAGACAAUUUUUUCAGAACCUUACGAUACUGUUGCAGUGGGAGAAAUCGAACAAAGCAAUCAUCUUUCGAUCGAAGAUGAUCACGCAUGCUAUCAAAUCCAAUUUACAUCAGAUGUCCUCGUUGUUAACAAAGACAAGGGACUUUGAGCUAGCUAAUGACAUCGCAAAGAUGUUGGACUUGUUCAGCACAUCGGAGAAGGACAACUUUCUACCAAAUGUGGAGCUCGCUCUCAAGUUAACCAGAGCUGUGAUCCAGUACUUCUUUUUAUGCAUAGCGGAGGAUGAUGUUACAAAGAAGCAACAGAGCGUCAAGAUAGUUUGCCACUUGCUGAAGGAUUUGACCUGUUAUUCUCCAUGCGCUCGUGCAUUGGCGUUAAGAGAGAUUUUGACGUACAGUAUCAACGACGAUCCCGCCAAAUAUUUUGGAGCCAAAGAGAAGUUCGAACCGAAAUUCGAAGAGAUGUUGCUCUUACACCAGAAUCACAAACAGGUCACGAGCACGAUGUUAGCUCAAAAGCAUUCCUCUGUAUUCCACGCUGGUGUAAUUGGCCAUGGCCCGCGGAAACCACCGCCGGAAAACACGGUUGACAAAGAGACCAUCGCUCUAAAUAAAAUUCUACUGAUGGACGUCAUAAAGGCUUGCUGCAGCAACAAGGAAUCGGAACGAUAUCCAGUGAACCUUGAUGCCUUGACGAUAGUCAGUUUACUGUUGGUUGAGAUCAUUUCACCCGAUGUCAUGUACAAUGGACUACCAUGGCCUGACGAAGAGUUUACAAAAGUCACCAUAGAGAGAGAUUUACAAAUUCAUCGAAUGUUCAGAGACGUGCCCUUGUUGUGGACAUUGUUGGAGUUGACUGCUUGGUAUAGGCCAGCUUUAGCGUAUUGUUCGGUUUUGUUGAGAGGGAUCGCUGCUACUGUUAUGGCCAACUGGAACACGGAAGCAGGCGUCUCGCUGGUAAGCGUGAUGGCCCUUGGACAAUUACUGCCGCCGCCAUUGGCGAGCAUAAGGGACAUUUUGCCCGUUUUAGAACCCCAUCAGAUAAACACUAUAAUGAAGGAGUGUGUGUGGGCUUACAUGCGGGAGAACGUCCCAUCGCCAGCCCUAUUCACGCGCAACGAAGGAGCCAAUAUAGCUUGGAGGGACACGGACACGUCUACUCCAAACGCGAGGUUCACGGAAACGCUUCGUUUAAUUCUUCUAGCCAAUAUUCAUACUCUAGGGCCACUCUACGCCACCCUAUUUUACAACGAAAACAAAUAGUUCAUCUACCAAUUAACAGAUUGUCUGUAAUUGUGUAAUAAUUCUUGCGAAUAGGUGUUGCGAACCAGUCCAAAACUGACAAGUGUACAAGUAUGAUUAAAUAUCUGCUUUGUGGG